CAGGGACAUCACCCUACAGCAGUUCAGGCUGUGGUUCGCAGGAAGCAUACAUUGGCUUUUUGAUUCGUGCUAGUUCCCAGCUCACAGUUUAGGAGGAUCUAACACCAGCCUUCACGUGAAGGGGGAACCAAGGACAGUGAGGAGCUGGGUGGUCCCAGCUUUGGAGCCCUGCCAGCUGGACAUGGGAAUCUUCCCAACCCCCAGAAUCCUGCAGAUGUCGCUGGGAAAGUGGUGAUCCAGCAGGACGAGGCUUCCCCCACGGGACAGAGAAAUGGAGGCAAACGACCAUUUUAACUUUACUGGCCUUCCCCCUGCACCUGCUGCCUCAGGACUGAAACCCUCUCCCUCCUCAGGGGAGGGCCUCUACACUAACGGGUCUCCCAUGAACUUCCCCCAGCAAGGGAAAAGUUUGAAUGGGGAUGUGAAUGUUAAUGGCUUAUCUACUGUAUCUCACACUACUACUUCAGGGAUUUUGAACUCUGCUCCCCACUCCUCCAGCACCUCACACCUCCAUCACCCCAGCGUGGCCUACGACUGUCUCUGGAACUACUCACAGUACCCAUCUGCCAAUCCUGGCAGCAACCUCAAGGACCCACCCCUUCUCUCCCAGUUCUCGGGGGGACAAUACCCACUCAACGGCAUCCUUGGGGGCAGCCGGCAACCUUCAUCCCCAAGUCACAACACUAACCUUCGGGCUGGGAGCCAAGAGUUCUGGGCCAACGGUACCCAGAGUCCCAUGGGGCUUAACUUUGACUCACAGGAACUGUAUGAUUCCUUUCCUGACCAGAAUUUUGAGGUGAUGCCCAAUGGACCCCCUAGUUUUUUCACCUCCCCACAGACUUCUCCUAUGUUGGGAUCCAGCAUCCAGACCUUUGCACCCUCCCAGGAAGUAGGCAGUGGUAUCCAUCCUGAUGAGGCGGCAGAAAAGGAGCUGACAUCAGUUGUGGCAGAGAAUGGCACUGGCUUGGUAGGCAGCCUGGAGCUGGAAGAAGAGCAGCCAGAACUGAAGAUGUGUGGCUACAAUGGCUCUGUCCCUUCUGUGGAAUCAUUACACCAGGAGGUCUCAGUCUUGGUCCCUGACCCCACAGUGAGCUGCUUAGAUGAUCCUUCACAUCUUCCUGAUCAACUGGAAGACACUCCAAUCCUCAGUGAAGUCUCUCUGGAGCCCUUCAACCCUCUGGCACCGGAGCCAGUGAGUGGAGGACUCUAUGGUAUAGAUGACACGGAGCUGAUGGGUGCAGAGGACAAGCUGCCUCUUGAGGACAGCCCUGUGAUUUCUGCCCUUGAUUGCCCUUCCCUCAAUAACGCCACUGCCUUCAGUCUCCUGGCAGAUGACAGUCAAACUUCAGCCUCUAUCUUUGCCAGCCCCACCUCUCCACCUGUCCUUGGGGAGUCUGUCCUGCAAGAUAACAGCUUUGACCUGAAUAAUGGUAGUGAUGCAGAACAGGAAGAAAUGGAGACUCAGGCUUCAGACUUCCCACCACCUCUGACCCAGCCAGCCUCUGACCAGUCAUCCACUAUUCAGCUCCAUCCAGCAACUUCACCAGCAGUCCCGCCAACAGCCUCCCCGGCAAUCUCCCUGGCAGUUUCGCCAGCAGCCUCCCUGGAAAUCUCUCCAGAAGUCUCCCCAGCGGUUUCGCCAGCAGUCUCCCCGGAAAUUUCCCCAGUCAUCUCCCCAGCAGCCUUCCCAGCUGUCUCUCCAACUUCCUCAGCAGCCCUCCCACCAGUCUCCUCAGAAGUCUCCUUGACAGGCUCCCCAGUGACCUCCCCAAAAGUGUCCCCUGCAGCUUCCCCAGUAGCUGUCCUCCCAGCAGCCUCCCCAGCAGAUAAGGAUGUCAACACCUUCCCUGAAAGCACCACUGACCUGGAAGAGAUCACUGGAGAAGGAGUCACUACUUCUGGUAGUGGUGAUGUCCUGAGGAGACGUAUUGCUACCCCAGAAGAAGUUCGUCUUCCCCUCCAACAUGGGUGGCGGAGAGAGGUGCGCAUCAAGAAGGGUAGCCACCGAUGGCAAGGGGAGACAUGGUAUUAUGGCCCCUGUGGGAAGAGGAUGAAACAGUUUCCAGAAGUGAUCAAGUACCUGAGCCGCAACGUGGUACACAAUGUACGCCGUGAGCACUUCAGUUUCAGUCCCCGUAUGCCUGUUGGAGAUUUCUUUGAAGAGAGAGACACGCCAGAGGGCUUGCAGUGGGUACAGCUCUCAGCAGAGGAGAUCCCAUCCAGGAUUCAGGCAAUUACUGGGAAACGGGGCCGACCUCGAAACACUGAGAAGGCCAAGACUAAGGAAGUCCCCAAGGUGAAACGGGGACGAGGUCGGCCACCCAAGGUCAAAAUCACUGAGCUGCUGAAUAAGACAGAUAACCGCCUCAUAAAGAAACUGGAGGCCCAAGAAGCACUGAAUGAGGAGGAUAAAGCAAAGAUGAAUAAAAUCAAGAAGAAGAUGAAGCAGAAGGUACAACGAGGAGAGUGUCAGCCUACUAUCCAAGGGCAGGCCAGAAACAAGCGGAAACAAGAGACCAAGAGCUUAAAGCAGAAGGAAGCUAAGAAGAAAUCCAAGGCUGAGAAGGAGAAGGUAAAGACAAAGCAGGAAAAACUGAAGGAAAAAGUGAAGAGGGAGAAGAAGGAGAAGGUAAAAAUGAAGGAAAAGGAGGAAGUGGCCAAAGGCAAAUCAGGCUGUAAAGCCGAAAAAACGCUGGCCAUGCAGAGGCGCUUGGAGGAGCGGCAGAGGCAACAGAUGAUCUUGGAAGAGAUGAAGAAGCCCACAGAGGAUAUGUGUCUGACUGAUCACCAGCCCCUACCUGACUUCUCACGCAUCCCUGGUCUGAUCCUGCCCAGUGGGGCCUUCUCAGAUUGCUUGACCAUCGUGGAAUUCCUGCACAGCUUCGGCAAGGUGCUGGGCUUUGACCCCGCCAAAGAUGUACCCAGCCUGGGGGUCCUGCAGGAGGGACUCCUGUGUCAAGGUGACAGCCUGGGUGAGGUGCAAGAUCUGCUGGUGCGGCUCCUGAAGGCUGCGCUCUAUGACCCUGGCCUGCCCUCCUACUGUCAGUCCUUAAAGAUCUUGGGGGAGAAGGUGUCGGAGAUCCCACUAACAAGAGACAAUGUAUCUGAGAUCCUGCGCUGCUUCCUCAUGGCAUAUGGAGUGGAGCCAGCCCUCUGUGACAGCCUGCGCACCCAGCCUUUUCAGGCCCAGCCCCCCCAACAGAAAGCUGCUGUCUUGGCCUUCCUUGUGCAUGAGCUCAAUGGCUCCACCCUCAUCAUCAAUGAGAUCGACAAGACUCUGGAGAGUAUGUCCAGCUACAGGAAAAACAAGUGGAUUGUUGAAGGCCGGCUCCGGAGACUGAAAACUGCUCUGGCCAAACGAACUGGGCGGCCUGAGGUGGAGAUGCAAGGGCCAGAGGAGGGCCUGGGGCGGAGGCGCAGUUCUCGCAUCAUGGAGGAGACCAGUGGCAUGGAAGAAGAGGAAGAGGAAGAGACUGUAGCGACUGUCCAUGGCCGCAGGGGGCGAAGAGAUGGAGAGGUUGAUGCCACAGCAUCAAGCAUCCCAGAGCUAGAGCGCCAGAUAGAAAAACUAAGCAAGCGUCAGCUCUUCUUUCGAAAAAAGCUGCUUCACUCAUCCCAGAUGCUUCGGGCCGUCUCCUUGGGUCAGGACCGCUAUAGACGCCGCUACUGGGUGUUGCCCUAUUUGGCUGGUAUCUUUGUGGAAGGAACAGAGGAGAGCUUAUUUCCUGAGGAUGUGAUAAAGCAGGAAACUGACUCCCAUCCAGCUCCCAGCCCAGCCCCCUUCUCCCUGAAGAAGGAGUUAACUGGCUCCAGCACCUCUGCCAGUACUCCUGCCCGGGCCCGAGGCCGACCUCGGAAAACUAAGCCUGGGUCUCUGCAACCUAGGCACCUGAAAUCCCCUGGCCGGGGUCAGGGUUCAGAACAGCCCGAUGCCCAGCUUCAGCCCGAGAUUCAGCCCCAUCCUCAGCUUCAGGCUCAGCCCCAGCUCCAGCCCCAACCCCAGCUUCAGCUCCAUCCUCAGCCCCAAAAUGGGUUCCUGGAGCCAGAAGGCUCCCCCUUGUCCUUGGGUCAGAGCCAGCAUGACCUCAGCCAGUCAGCUUUCCUGUCUUGGCUGAGCCAGACUCAGAGCCACGGCUCCCUGCUGAGCAGCUCAGUCCUCACACCUGACAGCAGCCCUGGAAAACUGGACCCAACCCCAUCACAACCCUUGGAGGAGCCAGAGCCUGAUGAGGCAGAGUCCAUCCCUGAUUCUCAAGCUCCCUGGUUUAACUUCUCAGCCCAGAUGCCUUGCAAUGCUGCCCCUACACCACCCCCAGCAGUUUCUGAGGACCAGCCUGCUCUCUCCCCUCAGCAGCCUGCCUCCUCCAAGCCAAUGAAUAGACCCAGUGCGGCCAACCCCUGUUCUCCAGUACAGCUCUCUUCUACCCCCUUACCUGGGAUGGCCUCUAAGAGACGAACAGGAGACCCUGGGGGCACAUCACAGAGUCUCACAGGGCUAGGACAGCCAAAACGGAGAGGGAGACCCCCCAGUAAGUUCUUCAAACAGAUGGAACAGCGUUAUCUAACCCAGCUGACAGCCCAGCCUGUCCCCCCUGAGAUGUGCUCUGGCUGGUGGUGCAUCCAAGAUCCUGAGACACUGGAUGCUACGCUCAAGGCCCUGCACCCCCGAGGCAUCCGAGAAAAGGCACUUCACAAACACCUCAACAAGCACAGGGACUUCUUACAGGAAGUCUGCCUGCGGCCCUCUACAGACCCCAUCUUUGAGCCUAGUCAGCUACCUGCCUUUCAAGAAGGGGUUAUGAGCUGGUCCCCCAAAGAGAAGACCUAUGAGACAGACCUGGCUGUGCUUCAGUGGGUAGAGGAGCUGGAACAACGGGUUAUCCUGUCUGAUCUGCAGAUUCGGGGCUGGACAUGUCCCAACCCAGACUCUACUCGGGAAGACUUGGCCUACUGUGAGCAUCUGCCUGACUCCCAGGAGGAUAUCACCUGGAGAGGCCGAGGUAGGGAAGGACUGGCACCCCAGCGUAAAACCACCAACCCGCUGGACCUGGCUGUGAUGCGCCUCGCUGCCCUUGAGCAGAAUGUGGAGCGGCGGUAUCUACGGGAGCCCCUGUGGCCAGCUCAUGAGGUUGUACUGGAGAAGGCCUUGCUCAGCACGCCCAGUGGUGCCCCCCAGUGCACCACGACAGAGAUGUGAGUGCCCCAACCCCCAUUCUUGGUCUUGG